UAUAGCUCGUUCAAGAGUUGAUAGAUUAGUCGAGAUUGUGAUUUUGUAGCCGAACGAUCAGCUGAGUGCGUCGACGCUCCUGACUUCUCGCACAAUAUUCAAUACAUCAAGAUGUCUACAAUCAAGCUAAUGAGCAACGACAAAGUGUGCUUCACCGUGGACAUCGAAGCAGCAAAGAUGUCAAAAAAGAUCAAAACUUUUCUCGACAAUUUGGACAUGGAGAAUUUGGACGAGUGCUCACCAACAAUAGCAUUUCGGAACGUCAGCAGUGAUAUGUUGGCAAAAAUUAUCGAGUGGACAACUCAUCACAAGAACGAUCCUCCUACAAAUGUAGAAAACGAGGAGAAUGCUGGCCCCAGAAAUAUUGAUAUCAGUGAAUGGGAUAGACGUUUUCUGGAUGUCGACACCAAAAGUUUAUUGGGUAUCGUUGUGGCGGCUAAAUAUUUACAAGUCGAAGGCCUAGUGGAACUAUGCUGCAAAAACAUGGUAGCGACACUUAGAGGUCAAUCUGUUACGAUGAUGCGCGAAUUCUUUAAACCCAUACAAAGGGAAACUGAAAAAAAUGCAGCUAAAGCUGGUUGCAGCAAAACGAAUGAUUAAUGAAUAAUUCGUUUUCUCCACUUCUUACUACAUCCUGCCGAUUGACAUGAUUGACAUUAUACUUUUAAACGUUCUUUUCGUUUUCAUUCCAUAAAUGCAACUUUUUCAUAAGUGAUAAUAUUUCCAUCUAAAAAAAAUGUAUUGAAUUAAAGUAAUCAAUAAUAAAUAAUGAAUUGCAAAAAUAAA